UAAUUGCAUUUCUGAAGAAUGAGCUGGAAAAGUUUAAAAAAAAUAUUAAAUAGAGAGAACACACAGUACUUUGUGCAGGACUUUAUAGAAGAGAUGCGUGAUAUCAAAGAAGCAGCUCUUGAUAUCACACUUUACUUCCUGAAUGAUAUGAAGCAAUGUGAGGCUGCAGAUGCUCUACAAGAUGAGCUGGUCCUCAUUCAUCAGCGACCACUAAAAUCAAACCUGAAGAAGAAAUAUCAAUCUGUAUCUGAAGGAAUUGCAAAGCAUGGUGACUCCAAGCUUCUGAAGAACAUCUACACAGAUCUCUGUAUGACUCUGAGUGUUAGUAAACAAGUUAAUAUCCAAAAUGAAGUAGGACAAGUUCAGGCUGCUGAUAGACGACAUGAAUCAAAAGAGAUUCCAGUUGAAUGCAAAAAUUUGUUUGAAGCACCUGAACAAGAUAAGGAGAUCAGAACUGUACUGACAACAGGAGUUGCUGGCAUCGGAAAAUCAGUCUCUGUGCAAAAGUUUAUUUUGGAUUGGGCUGAUGGUAAAGAAAAUCAGGAUAUUACUUUCAUAUUGCCUCUUGCAUUUCGUGAAAUGAACUUAAAGGAGAAAGAAACACAAAGCUUGACAAGACUUAUGAGUCAGUUUUUCCCAGAGAUAAAAGGACUAAACCUUGCAAGAAAUGAUAAAUUUAAAUUACUGUUCAUCCUUGAUGGUUUGGAUGAAUGUCGUCUUCCUCUGAACUUUGAGGGUAAUGAUAUUUGUCGUGAUGUAACGUCACAAGUCUCUCUGGAUGUUCUCCUGACAAACCUGAUCAAGGGAAACCUGCUUCCUUCUGCUCUCAUCUGGAUCACCACCAGACCAGCAGCUGCCAUUAAAAUUCCUCCCGAAUGUGUUGACCGCAUGACAGAAGUACAAAGAUUCAAUGAUGCACAAAAGGAGGAGUACUUCAGAAAAAGAUUCACAGAUGGGGAUCUGGCCAGUGAAAUUAUUGGUAAUGUUAAACAAUCAAAGACUCUUUUUAUCAUGUGCUACAUCCCAGUCUUCUGCUGGAUUACAGCCACUGUUCUCCAGAACAUUUUAGAGGAGAAAAGGAAUAAUGAAGUGAAAAAUUAUCAGGCUGAUGACUCCAAAACACUGCAGGAAUCUAAUACUAAAGAUACUCCCAAGACUCUGACACAAAUGUACACACACUUUGUCCGUUUUCAGAUGCUGCAAAGCAGACGAAAGUAUGAUGGUGAAUACACACCAGAUGUUUACUGGGAUAAAGACGCCAUGCUUUCACUGGGGAAACUGGCAUUUCAUCAGCUGCAGAGAAACAAUCUGCUCUUUUAUGACACAGAUCUGGAAUCCUGUGAUAUUGAUAAAUCUAAAGCAUCAGUGUAUUCAAGCAUGUGUACCCAGAUCUUUAAGGAGGAAAAAAGGAUCAUUCUUGGUACCGCUUUCUGCUUUGUUCACUUGAGCAUUCAAGAGUUCAUUGCAGCCCUUUAUGCACAUCUGUUUCUAGACAUUCACAAGAAAAGUGUGUUUAAUCAACAUGAGACUACAGAACUGAAAAAGAAAAAUGAAACCAUGAUUGAUUUGCUCAAGACUGCAGUGGACAAGGCACUUGACAGUGAAACUGGACACCUGGAUCUUUUCCUUCGCUUUCUUCUUGGUCUGUCACUCCAGACCAAUCAUCAUCUCUUACGAGGUCUGUUGACACAGCAAGAUGUCAAUGACGAGAACUACAAGGAAAUAGUUCAGUACAUCAAGCAGAAAUUGGAAGAUAAGAAGAUGUCUCCAGAGAGAUCCAUCAAUCUGUUCUACUGUCUGAAUGAACUGAAUGAUCAAACUCUGGUGAAAGAAAUUCAGACUCAACUUCGAAAAGGAAGUCUUUCAUCUGCUGAUCUUUCACCUGGUCUGUGGUCUGCUGUGGCCUUCGUUUUGUUGACAUCAGAGGAAGAGAUGGAGGAGUUUGAGCUUCAGAAGUUCAAGCAAUCAGAUGAGUGUCUCUUUAGGCUACUGGAAGUUGUGAAAAUCUCCAAAAGAGCUCUGCUAAAUGAUUGUAACUUGACAGAUGAGAGCUGUUCAAAUUUGGCUAAAGCUCUCAAAUCAGAUAACAAUCUGAUAGAGCUGAAUAUGAGCAAUAAUAAUCUAAAGGAUUCAGGAGUAAAGCAGCUCUGCAUUGGACUGGGGAAUAUUACGUGUAAACUGGAGAUACUGAAGCUUAGUAACUGUGAUCUAACAGAAGAAAGCUGUUCAGCUCUUGCUUCAGAUCUCAGUUCAGACUCCAGCAGUCUGAAGGAACUUGAUCUGAGCAAUAAUAAUCUACAGGAUUCAGGAGUGACGCUGCUUUCUAAUGGACUGAAAGAGAAUUGUAAACUUGAGAAACUCAGGUUUUUGGGUCCUGCAGCAGAAAAAGCCUGUCAGUAUUUGGCUGGAUUUGUGGAAGAAAACCCGUUACUUCUGAGAGAACUGAAUAUGAGUGAACAUAAACUAGACUUGAAUCAGCUCACUCCUCUACUGCAGGAUAAACACUGUAAACUGAACAAACUGGUUCUGAAUAAUAGCUAUAUCACAGAUGAAGAUUGUCGUGUUCUGGCUGAAGCUUUAAAUUCAAACCCUUCAAAUUUGAAAGAGCUGGACUUGACUGGGACUAAACUCAGAGACACAGGAAUGAAGAUCUUCUCCACUCUGUUUGAGAAUGAACAAUGUAGACUGGAGAAGCUUAAGUAA